AUGACUAAAACCAGUUCAGCUAAGAAGAAGGUUAAACCAGCACACCAAGAUCAUGUUGAACAGGAGAAGUUCACUUCCAAACCCAAGAAAAUAGGGAGUGAGAUUGAUGACAUAUUUGCUGGAAAGAAGAGGAGGAACUCUAUACAAGCUAACUCAAACGAGAGGAAGAAUCAACUGAGAAUAACUUACAGCAGCAUAAUUCCCUAUAGUCCUAACUCCCCCAGUACUACCAGGUGUUGCUUGAUGCAUUUCAGUCUGAACAAUCAAAUGUAUUGGUGCCAAACAUUCCUGGUGAAAGAGUAA